AUCGAAUCAUCGUUGAGACUGUCUGAGAAACAUAGUGCCAGUAAUGCAUGUGAAGUUGCGUGAUUUGUGUGCAUUUGAAGCAUUUUUGAAAUGAUUUUAAUUUUAACCAAGCUGAAAAUAAUUUACAAGUGAUUUUUCUGGUAAGAUUUUGUAAAAAUCGGACAUCAUGUCCGUAGUGGCGCUGCUGCAAAAUUUCAAGCCAAUAAUAAAAGCUUGCAGUGUAGUCGAAAAACCGAUCACAGACAAUACAAUUUUUCGACUUCAUUACAGAGUGACGACGAUAAUUUUUCUCGUUUGCUGCGUAUUUGUGACAGCUUAUUCUUUAUUUGGCGAUCCAAUUCAAUGUGUAGGAUCUUGCGACGAUAAAACCACAAAAGUUGCGACUACUUAUUGUUAUUUGGGAUACACAUAUACCCUCCCGAAUAAUCAACACAGCAAUGAAAAGUUAUCCGGAAUAGGGGAACAUAACGAUGGAGAGAAAAAAUAUCAUAAUUAUUACCGAUGGAUUCCAAUAAUGUUGUUUUUACAAGGCGCUUUAUUCUACAUACCACACUGGAUUUGGAAAAACUGGGAAGACAGAAGAAUCUGCCACUUGACCGCAAAUAUAAGAGGUCCUAUAUCAGGAGUCAAGCAAGAACACGUGAAGAGCGUGAAGGAAUUGGCGAGAUAUUUCGCGGUCGAAUCCCUGCAUACGCACAAUACAUACGCGUUGAUGUAUUACUUUUGCGAGUUUCUCAACUUCAUCAACGUAAUAUUGAAUAUGGUCUUGAUCGAUUCGUUCCUAAACGGCGAAUUCAUCACAUACGGGACCAGAGUUUUGCAAUUCACCGAAACCAUUCAAGAAAACAGAACAGAUCCGAUGAUCGAAAGUUUUCCCCGAGUGACCAAAUGUGACUUUCACAAAUACGGUUCCAGUGGAACCGUUCAAACCCUCGAUUUCAUGUGCAUCCUAGCUUUAAAUAAUCUUAACGAGAAAAUUUAUAUUUUCCUGUGGUUUUGGUUCAUCUUUUUAGCCUGCAUUUCGCUUUUCCCCAUCAUAUGCAGCGUAGCACUUUAUUUUUCACGUUACGUUCGCGAAAAAGUUUUAAAGAGGCAUUACUCUUCUAAAGACAAAUAUAAAAUAGAAGAUAUUGUGCAGAAAAGUCAAAUAGGAGAUUUCUUCGUAUGGGAUUUAUUGGGCAGAAAUUUGUGCUCAAAAUACUAUCGCGAGUUCAUCAAUGAGCUACAUGCGUUGUUAAUCGACGACAGUGGUUUCGAUACGAAUACGAGUAAAGACUCUUUCACGUAUCUUUCAUUGGCAGAUGAAGACGAAGAUGUGCUAGAAAAGCUUUCUUCUAAUACCUAUCAGGAAACGAUGAAACUUCCUUAUGAGGAGAAAAAACAACCCGAUGAAACGUCUGCCUUAACCAAUCGUUACACUGUUGAGUACCAUGUAAAUGUUGAAACUCUGGAUGAAAAUUUGAAGUUCAAUUCAAUCGACAAUGAUGAGUCUGAAAAACACACUUUGCGGUUUCGCUUAUCAAAGGUCGAUGAUGAAAUAAAAUUGUAGUUAUGGGCUAUCGAAUAGGUAGACAUUUUUAUGCGACUGUUUAGAAUUUAUUAUUAAGAUUGAUGACUUGAAUUUUGUAUACAAUUUUUUUUAGUGAAACAAUAUUUUAAGUAAGUAUAAAUAUGUAAAUAAUAUACACGUAUUUCUUGAAGAAAAAUAUUUUUGAUACUUUAUUCACAAAUGAUAAAUUCAGGGGUUCGUAGUCUCAUAAUACAUACAUACUCAACUACGGUAGACCCACAAUUUAAAUUUAAUUAAAUAAAAUAAUUGUAUUAAAAUUGGAAACGAUUUCGAGUGGAAAAUCAACUUUUGAAAAAGUAAUACAACGCAAUGUAAAUUUAUUAGUCAGAUAUGGUAAUAUUAUACCUAUAUCAUAGUUUCCAAAGAAAAAAUCAUGUAUUUUUCAUUUUAUUUUACGAUAAAAUUUCUCAUAUUUGUGUGACGUAAAAAUCGAAUUUUCAGAACACU